AUGGGUGUUCGUGAGGAGGAAGACGCGGAUGUUACCGACGCGUUUCUUAGCGAUCCGGAUGAUACUUCUGCGCCGCGCCAGGGCCCUAGCUUGGGAGGGUGGUGGCGCGAAGUAGUCGUUCCCGGCGCCGCCGCGUUUUCAGCGCAUCUUGCCGUGCGUCGUUUGGAAAAGUUGCUGCUCAUCCUUCCGUUCUGCGCCGUUUGCAUAUGGGCUUUCGGAGUCGACUACGGGUCUUACGUCGCAGUUGCGGGUAUCAUUGCCUAUUAUUGCCGCAAGUCAUAUGUGAGGUACUGCGAACCGAUCAGCGAGGAAAAUACUUCUCCAACCACAAAUGAAUGA